AUGGCAGGAUCCCCAGACGUGGUGAGGCAGAGGCAGACAGGGCAGGUGGCAGCUGCCACCAUCGGCUACCACGAUGGCCAGCAGUACACGGCUGAGUCGGAGCGGCUCAGGAAGGCCAGGCUGCGCGUGGAGAAGGCCAUUAAGGAGAAGAAGAUCUUCACCGUGCACGGCCCCUACCCCGUCAUCCGCCGGCUGCUGCGCGCCCGGGGCUGGGUGGAGAGGAAGCUGCCCCUCAAUCGCAAGCAACUGAAGCAGAAGCCUGCCGACCAAAGCAAACAGCAGCUGGACAAGGGGGCAAGUGGUGGUGGUGAUGAGCAGGGGGAGGAAGUGCUGAACCCGCCCGGUGGGGCACAGCCUUCCUUGGGCACCGCAGAGCCCCUGCAGCACCCAUGUUGCACAGCACACGGCAAGGAGAACGAGGGCGAAAGGGAAGAUGAAGACGAGAAGGAAGACAAGGAGCAGAGCAGUGAGGACUCUGAAGACAUCCAUGACCUCAUGUCCUUCCUGGUGCAGGACCAGGUGCCAAACUUCCUCUGGACCAUUCGCCUGAGCAGUGUUGACCAGGAGCUGCUGCCGAGGAUUGAGGUGGUGAACCGCUAUCCCCGGCUGGCUGCGCUUUGUACUAAGGAGGGGCUAUGCCAAAGCCUGCAAAACCUGUCCUGGUUCGAGCAAGUUGACUUCAACACCUUUUUCCCCCGGUGCUACCGGCUGGGGUUCAAGGAUGAGAAGGAAGCCUUCAUUGACGAUUUCUGCCUGACAGCAGCUCGCAGCCUUCUCAAACUGGCCCUGCAGAAGGUCGGGGACAGGCCGGUGGGGACAGAGCAGCCCUCAAAACCCGACGAGGUGCUGGGUGAGCCAGGGCCGCACUCCCCCCUGUAUCCCCAGCUGCUGGAGGAAGCUCUGGAGGUCUGUGAGCAGCACCUGGGAGUUCUGGGGCACCAGGACAUCGACAGGAGCACCCCGUCGCCCUGCCGGACAUGCAUCGACUGGGACCGCUUCCUGCCGGAAUACUACCGUGUGGCACAUGAAGGGGCCAGGCUGGAGCUGGGCAGGGAGCAGCAGGAGCGGUGCCAGGAGCUGCUGCAGCGCCUGGAGGAGAAGCUGCCGCAGCUCGGCAUAGAGGGCAGCCUCAACGUCUGGAUCGUCAAGCCCAGCGCCAAAUCCCGUGGCAGGGGCAUCGUGUGCGCGGCGCGGCUGGAGGAGGUGCUGGAGCUGGCGCAGAGCUGCGUGGGCACCCCGGCGGGCGUGUGCGAGUGGGUGGUGCAGAAGUACGUGGAGCGGCCGCUGACCAUCUUCAACACCAAAUUCGACAUCCGGCAGUGGUUCUUGGUGACCGACUGGAAGCCACUGACUGUCUGGUUCUACCGAGACUGCUACCUGCGCUUCUGCUCCCGGCCCUUCUCCCUGUGCCACCUGGAGCCCGCCAGGCACCUCUGCAACGUCUCCAUCCAGAAGCGGUACAAAACAUGGCAGCCGGACCCCCGUGUGCCCCCUGACAAGAUCUGGUCCAACAAGCAGUUCCAGGCCCACCUGGCAUGGCUGGGGCAGGCAAACGCUUGGCAGCGGGUGGUGGUGCCCGGCAUGAAGGCGGCGAUCCUGAACGCCCUGCGCUGCGCCCGGGAUGAGGUGGGCUCCCGCAAGGGCAGCUUUGAGCUCUUCGGGGCCGACUUCCUCAUCGGGGAGGACCUCCAGCCCUGGCUGCUGGAGAUCAACUCCUGCCCCACCAUGAGCCCCUCCUCGGCGGUGACACGCCAGCUGUGUGCCAACGUCCAGCGGGACACGCUGCGCCUCGUGCUCGACCGCAAGGACGACCCCACCUGCUCCAUUGGUGCCUUUGAGCUCCUCUACAGGGAGGCAGCCGUGUCCUCGUGUCUGACUGCGGGGCUGAGGCUGAUGGUCACGGGCUGUUCCCUGAAGAAGCCCCGGUCGGCAGAGCAUCGAUCCCAGGACAAGCUCCCCAGCUCUGCACCCUCAGGGAAGAGAGCCACCAAGGUUCCCUGGUCGAGGGUGGCACAGGAAAAGCUGCCCCCUAUGGGGCUGCAGGGCAGCCGCUGCCUGCCCAAAUCUGACCCUCCAGCACUGCCACGGCCCCCGGACUGCUCUGCUGGGAGCCAGGAGCUGCCAUGGCUCCUUCACCUCAAUGGGCAGCCCGAGGAAGCUCAGCCCCUGAUCAGUAGCCGUUCCAUGGAUAGAAGGAAAUCGCUGCUGCGGGAGGGCCCCUGCCCCCCUGCCCGGGCGGUUGGCCCGCAGCCGCCCCCAGCCCCCUGCCCCGACCCCGGCCCCGGGGAGGCGGCGGCGGGGCGGCUGCGGGAGGCGGCGGGGCCGGCUGCGGGAGCGCCUCUGGGCUGCUGCGGGCGCAGAGAAAGGCAAGGAGAAGGGGGUGAUUUCGCCGCCAGCCUCAUGGCCGGCUGGAGCCAGGGACGCAGCCGGGCUUUGCCUCUCGGCCGUGCGGGCGGCAGGAGGCUGGCGGAGAAGACAAUGUCGGAGGAGAAGGGGAACCAGCGCCAUUCCCAGCUCCGAGCGGGGAGAAGCGUGUGCGGGCGCUGCGCGCUGCUGGGCCGGCCCGGGCUCCGCGCUCCGUGCCCGCGGGCGCCGCUGCGCCGUGACACGGGGACACGGGCCCGCGCCGCCCCCCCUGCCGUCCCCGCGCUGCGGAGCGGUGCGGAGCCGCCGCCUUAUGUAACGCGGGCUGCCCCGUCACGGCUGCUGGCCCCGGCUCCCCCGGCGCCGCCGGCGUUGCCUCCGCCCGUCCUUUCCGCUCCCCGGCACCCCAGCCGCCCGAACGCCUCGGUGCGGUCCCAAGUUGCUGAAGAACGGGGGGCGGGUAGGAAAUGGGGGGUUGGCCUGCGGCACUACCCGGGGGUGGCAGAGCAGCCCCCGGACCCAGACCCCUUUGCUUCCAGCCCCGGCCGCAGCAUCUGCAAGGACAUGCCCGUCCCACACCCCCUCCUCGACCUAGCUCUGGGCAUGGAUCAGCUCCCCCACUGA